UCAAUUUUCCUCUCUCUCUCACACAGUCACACACACACAACAAUGGCGGACACGAAGGUGGAGACGAUAGCAAGACUGGCGCAGUGGAAAAUCGAGAGCUUCGGUCCAACCAAUCUGUACAAGAGAUCCGAGCCGUUCAAAAUCGGCAUUUGGAACUGGUAUCUGCAUUUAUCGGUCGAGAAGAAUCGCUCCGUUUACAUCAGGCUUUUCCCCGAGCCGUCUCGUGUUUCGAAGGAGCAGCCGCCGAUUGCUCGCUUCAUCAUUCGUGUUUCCACCUCCGCCUCCAAUCGCAGGCCCUACGUCUCGCCCAUUCACGAGAGACUACUUCGUUCUAGUGAUGACUUUGCUUGCCCUAUCGAUAUUAACUUUCAAGGACGUUUUGUCAUUGAUGUUGAGUUUCUGGACCUUAAGAUCUGCCCUAUAAAUGGUGGAGAAGGCAGUUCUAUAUGGCCCAGCGACGGCCUGAUGCAAAGUCAAGCGAGCCAAAGCACUCUCAGAUGUCUCUGUCGCAUGCUUGACGAGGAGAUUCACGCAGACGUCACCAUCAACUCCUCCGAUGGAUCUCUACGAGCUCACAGAGCUAUUCUCUCCGCUAGUUCUCCUGUCUUUAUGAGCAUGUUCGAGCAUGAUCUCAAGGAGAAAGAGUCUUCAACAAUCGACAUUGAAGAUAUGACAUCCGAGUCCUGCAUGGCCCUCCUCACUUACCUGUACGGGGCGAUAAGCCAGGAGGACUUCUGGAAGCACCGGCUGGCAUUGCUGAGCGCGGCAAACAAGUACGACAUCAUGGACUUGAAGGAUGCUUGCGAGGAGAGCCUGUUGGAAGACAUUAACUCAGGGAACGUGCUCGAGAGACUACAGGAAGCUUGGCUCUACCAGCUUGAUAAAUUAAAGAAGGGGUGCUUGGCGUACUUGCUUGAUUUUGGCAAGAUUUAUGAUGUGAGAGAAGAAAUGAAUGAUUUCUUCAGAAAUGCAGACAGAGAGCUAGUUGUAGAGAUGUUCCAAGAGUUACUUGCAGUUUGGAAACCAACAUAAAUAAUUAUUGAUUGUAUUUGUAUGUAAUAUAUUACCACUACUCUUAAUAAUUAUUAUGAGUGGAGAAAGUGUAUUGAGUGUAAUAGUAUGAUGUUAAAUUGUUAUGGUGAAACAUGGAAUUGUAUUAUAGUCAUUUCUUCAUAUUGGAUUUAUGGUUAA